CACCAUAUUUAUGCAAUGUUGUUCUGUUAUAGAAGAGGUGAUGGAAAUUUAGAGGCGGAGUAAUAGACCCAAUGAUACACAGCCAACAUGGAACAGAGCUAAAAUUCCAAUCUCAAGCUUGUCUGACUCCAGCAACUAAACACCAAACCUGUUUUCCUCUGUACUGGGGCCUCAGCAGCACUGACUCACUCCUGCAGCCUUAUGUGGAAUAGAAUUCAAGUUUGAGCCCCCCCAAAACUAGAAAUGAUUACAGGUCAUGAUUUGUCAGAGUUGCUUAUCUCUGGUAUAAACUGUAGAAGUGAAGUCUGUACAUUCUGUGGCUCUUGUGUACCCUACUUUCAGCUGUAAGAAGAGCUCAGAUGCCAGACCCCCAGUUACUUGCUGUGUAGCUGCUAGCAGUCAGUCUCUUCUUGUAUAUUUUCUUCCUAUCCAGGCCAGUUUGAUGGCACUACUUGGUUGCUAUUAGUACAACUGUCUCAUUGAGCCAUUUCAGCUAAGACUCAGGCCUUGAGUUGACAGCGGACUUGACUCUUCUUGAUGUGGAACAGAGGGAAAAGAGUCUUCUGUCUUACAGUGCAGUCCUCAUCUUAGGACAGGUGCUGUCUCUAGCACAACACAUGUUGUCUUUUUGGUUUUGGUUUUGUGGUACUGGGGAUUGAACCCAGGACCUCAUGCAUUCUAUGCAAAUGCUGCAUCCAUGAGCGUUCAUCCUCAGUCUUAGACUCACAGCUCUUCCAACUAGAAGAGGUGAUAGGGUCCAGUUACUGUGGACCAGGUACUAUUGGUUCUGUUUCUAAAAAUGAAGUGACUAGGCUCAGGGACUUAAGUGCCUGGGACUAUCCGGUACAAUCAGAGCUUAAUUCAAGGACGAAUGGGAGUCCCCUUCAUGUAGGACAGGCCCCUGUACAUCAUCUGAACAGAACAUUUUUUAAGACAGUAACACAGCCUCUCCUUCCAUAGACAGCCUGUUUGCAAGAUCAUCCAGCAAGCUGUCACCAUGCUUAUCUGUGUCACUGUAACCAGGACAGUGAUGGAUAAAAUGUCUUAAAUGCUUUCUGAAUAUGCAUUGCUGCUCAGAAGGUGGAGAUGGCUCAGGCUUAAAGCACUCCCAUGUCCUAGUGUCUAAAAGCUCGCCUUGAGCUCAGACCUCCAUGCUGUGCUGCAGAGGCUGAUUUCCCAGUGUCUUGCUCGAAGCAAGGCUGUGGGGCAGCUUUUGACUCUCUGCUUAUUCACACGUGGGGUCUGGAAGUGCCAGGCUCUGCCCUCUUCCAACACAUUUCUCUGCUCUCAGUCUGGCUGCUCCUGGCCAGUGAUGUAAACGUACCAGCUGCUUCCCAAGAGCCAGUCGGCAUCGUGCAGGAGGGGCUGGUCCCUCUACCAGGCAUCAGCCCUGCUCUCCUCAGCCUAAGCCCUCUGGCCAAGCAUGGCGAGUCCCUCCCAUCUCCCAUCUCCUCAUCCAAGACUCCAAGGACGUAAUCCUCUUACAGACCUAUGAUUUAUAGCGUGGCUUAAUCUACAGGCUCCAAGUUAGAUUCGCUCUGAUCGACUGAUUGUGGGGACAUGAACAGGUUUCCCUAAAGGGGCUGGGCUGAGUCCCUGUAGCCAGCAGAGAGAAGGUAGCCAGAAGGAAGGCAGCAGCCUGCAAGGGGAAAAAUGAAGGCACUUCUGUUGCUGGCUCUGCCCUGGCUCAGCCCUGCUAACUACAUUGACAAUGUGGGCAACCUGCAUCUCCUGUACUCUGAACUCUGUAAAGGAGCCUCCCACUAUGGCCUGACCAAAGACAGAAAGAGGCGUUCACAAGAUGGUUGCCCUGAUGGCUGUGCCAGCCUCACCGCCACUACACUCUCCCCAGAGGUGUCUGCAGCUGCUGCCAUCUCCUUAAUGACCGACGAGCCUGGCCUGGACAACCCUGCCUAUGUGUCCACAGCUGAGGAUGGACAACCAGCAACCAGCCCCUCGGACUCUGGCCGGAGUAACCGAACCAGGGCACGGCCCUUUGAGCGGUCCACUAUCAGAAGCAGAUCUUUUAAAAAGAUUAAUCGAGCUCUGAGUGUUUUGCGAAGGACAAAGAGCGGGAGUGCAGUUGCCAACCAGGCUGACCAGGGCAGGGAAAAUUCUGAAAAUCCCACUGCUCCUGAAGUCUUUCCAAGGUUGUACCACCUGAUCCCAGAUGGUGAAAUUACCAGCAUCAAGAUCAAUCGAGUGGAUCCCAAUGAAAGCCUCUCCAUUAGGCUUGUGGGAGGCAAUGAAACCCCACUGGUCCACAUCAUUAUUCAGCACAUUUACCAUGAUGGAGUGAUUGCCAGAGACGGCCGGCUACUGCCUGGGGACAUUAUUCUCAAGGUGAACGGGAUGGACAUCAGUGAUGUCCCUCACAAUUAUGCCCUGCGCCUCCUGCGCCAGCCCUGCCAGGUGCUUUGGCUCACUGUGCUGCGCGAGCAGAAGUUCCGAAGCAGGAGCACCGGGCGGACACCGGAUACCUACGGGCCCCGGGAUGACAGUUUCCAUGUGAUUCUCAACAAAAGCAGUCCUGAGGAGCAGCUGGGAAUAAAACUGGUGCGCAGGGUGGAUGAGCCUGGGGUGUUCAUCUUCAGUGUGCUGGAUGGGGGUGUGGCAGACCGGCACGGCCAGCUGGAGGAGAAUGACCGUGUGUUGGCCAUUAAUGGACAUGACCUUCGAUACGGUAGCCCAGAAAGUGCAGCUCAUCUGAUUCAGGCCAGUGAAAGGCGUGUUCACCUGGUUGUGUCCCGCCAGGUUGGACAGCAGAGUCCAGACAUUUUUCAGGAAGCUGGCUGGAUCAGCAAUGGCAGCUGGUCCCCAGGCCCGGUGGAGAGGAACAGUGCUCCCAAGCCCUUCUACCCUGCCGUGACUUGUCACGAGAAGGUGGUUAGUGUCCAUAAAGACCCCAGCGAAUCUCUUGGCAUGACGGUUGCAGGAGGAGCAUCCCAUAGGGAAUGGGACUUGCCUAUCUAUGUCAUCAGCGUGGAGCCAGGAGGAGUUAUAAGCCGAGAUGGAAGGAUAAAAACAGGUGACAUUUUACUGAAUGUGAAUGGCAUUGAGCUCACCGAGGUCAGCCGCAGUGAGGCGGUUGCCUUGCUGAAGAGCACAUCCUCCUCCGUGGUUCUCAAAGCCUUGGAAGUCAGAGAACAGGAACCUCAGGAGGAUGGUAACAGCCCAGCAGCCCUGGACUCAAACCACAACAUCACUCUACCUGGUGACUGGUCCCCAUCCUGGGUCAUGUGGCUGGAAUUACCACGGUACUUAUACAACUGUAAAGAUGUCAUAUUAAGAAGAAACAUGGCUGGAAGUCUGGGCUUCUGCAUUGUAGGAGGUUAUGAAGAGUACAAUGGAAACAAACCUUUCUUUAUCAAAUCUAUUGUUGAAGGAACCCCUGCGUAUAAUGAUGGAAGAAUUAGAUGCGGUGAUAUUCUUCUUGCUGUCAAUGGUAGAAGUACAUCAGGCAUGGUACAUGCUUGCUUGGCAAGAAUGCUGAAAGAACUUAAAGGGAAAAUUACUCUCACUAUUGUUUCUUGGCCUGGUACUUUUUUAUAAAGUCAAUGAUGGGUCUUAGAAAAACAGAAAAAUCACAAAUAGGCUAAGUUGAAACAAUGUAUGUAUCUUGUCAAUUUUUAUAUUUAAAGAACAUACUAUAAAAAAAAAAUCAGGAAAAGUAUGACCUAAAGAAAGUCGGUUAUACUGAGAGAAUAUCCUCAAAAACAAAACAAACAAACAAAAAAAACAGCCACUAUUAGUUUUUAAUCUAGUGUGGAAGAUUUCUCAUCCACAACUUUUAAGUUUAUAUUUUUCUAUUCAACAAAAUGCCUUUAAACAACUUAAGUGGUUUGUAUGCCCACUGAAUUACAAUCACCAACUUAAAUUAAAAUCUGGCAUAUGACUAGUUCUACAGACUAUCAUGGGCAUUUUAAUUUAAAGCCAGAGGAUUUUUUUUUAAUGCAUCAAUGAGAAAUGUUCCUUUCGCCAAAUGAGAAAUAAAUAUUUUUCAA